UGGAGUCUUUUCGUGUUCAGAGGAUAAAUAAAAUUCGCAAGCAGCGGUUGAGUGUAAUUGAUUCAUUUGUGAAUAAGGAAAAUAGUUUCUGUGUGUAGUGAAUAAUCAAGGGACAUAUUUUUUGUGCUCCGAAAACAACAAUUUGUUGCGUUGAAAGUGUGACCGUCCUUGUUAACAGCCUCAAUGAAAUCCAAUGCCCAAUAGGCUGUAGUGAAGGAAACAGCCGUCGCCGUCUUUUUUCUUAUUAUUUCCAAUUCCACUGACGCCAGGCAAAAGCAGAAGAGCACGCCCAUGAAACAAUACCAAAGCGCUGCAGAAAUAUUUACGCAGAACAAGAACAUUUAACCAAAAAAAAAAAAACGAAAGUAUUCAAUGAGAUCUGUGGCGAUAAAUGUGGGCAUUCAACAUACAUACUUACAAAUUAUUAUUAAUUAAAAGAAAUUUGCAAAUAUACGAUGUGCGAGCGCGAGCAAAUAUUGUUAUUACUAUAGAGAAAAGGCAAUAAUUGUUUAUGUGAUGAUUUGUUGAAAGCGUAUAGAAGACCGUGCAAUUCCAUAGCGUACGUAUGUAUAGCCUCGUGUAUUUUUUGUGCGUCCGCAGAUACAAGUUCGUGUGUGUGUUUUAUGUUUGUGUUUAAUAACUGCAUAUGUGCUUGUCUGUCAAUGGUGGCGCGCUUAUAUGGCAAUAAAGAAUUGUGACACUAAUACGAUUUUCUGUAAAAGAAUUUAUGUAAAUUGUUUCCAUAAAUUGUAUAGAACUUACAUCUUUUUAUUGUUCAUAGUUAUAUUGUCCUACAUCAUAGUUCAAUAUAAAAUCCCGCGCGCAUCCGUACACAUAGACCUAGCAUAUUUUUAACCUCAGCAAUAUAAUUUUGGAAUAAAGUGUACGCAUUUAUCAGCUAAUCAGCGCAAGAGCAGCUUGCUCAAGGAGCAUUUAGCAACAAAUAUUCACUUAAAUCUGUAGUCAACACAAUAUUCAUACCAUGGCCAUGGCGGCAAAUAGUAGCAGUGGUAGUGGUGGCGUCUUGGGUGCCGCCGGCGGUGGUAUUGCUGGUGGAAACAGUGAUUUAUGGCGUGAGUGUGUUGCCUGGCUGACACGCUGCAAAAUAAUACCACCCGAUCAUAAAGCGAAUUGGCCAGAUUCCGAAAUACGGGUACUUGCCUUGACGCUACGCGAUGGAGUUUUGCUUUGUAAUCUGGUCAUUUAUUUGGAUGCCAAUAGUAUGGAUCCACGGGACUUUAAUCGCAAGCCGCAAAUGGCACAGUUUUUAUGCUGUAAAAAUAUAAAACUUUUUCUGGAUGUUUGCCGCAACCAUUUCGGACUUCGGGAUUCAGAUCUCUUCGAGCCCACAAUGCUGUACGAUUUGACGAAUUUUCAUCGUGUGCUGAUAACACUCUCGAAAUUAUCGCAAUGCCGCAAAGUACAACAACUACAUCCGGAUUUAAUUGGCUUCAAUAUUCAACUCUCUCCCAGCGAACGCUCCCACUCCGAUGAGGCCAUUUACAAGGAUCUACAUUCGACCACCACCGACAAUAAUGCAUGCCACAAUGAUCAUAUCAAUACCAAAGAGGAGGAAGUCUAUCAAGACUUGUGUGCCUUACAAAGGAACAGUAGAAGUCAGAUCUCUUCGGCGACCAGUUUUGAGCAACGCGACUAUGUCAUACGUGAACUGAUCGAUACCGAAUCGAAUUAUUUGGAUGUGCUUAAUGCGUUAAAGACGAAAUUUAUGGCGCCACUUGAACGUUACCUGAAUCCAGAGGAAAUCAAACAAAUAUUUCCGCGCAUACGCGAACUCGCUGAUAUACACACAAGGUUCCUCGAAAAACUACGUGAAUCUCUUUUGCCAAAUACCAAACUGAAAAUGAGUCAGGUGUUUUUGGAAUUUCGCGAACCAUUCCUGCUCUAUGGAGAUUACUGUUCGUGUCUGUUGGGUGCCAUAGAUGUGCUUGCUGAUGUAUGCAAGAAGAACCAGAUUAUCGAACAGCUUGUACAGCAAUGCGAACGAGAAUAUAAUGUGGGCAAAUUGCAACUGCGUGAUAUUUUAUCCGUACCUAUGCAGCGAAUUCUAAAAUACCAUUUACUGUUAGAUAAGCUAGUCAAAGAAACCUCACCGGUGCACGAGGAUUAUCGGGCGUUGGAGCGUGCCAAAGAAGCAAUGAUCGAUGUGUCACAAUAUAUUAACGAAGUAAAACGUGAUUCGGACCACUUAGUAAUUAUACAGAAAGUUAAAGACAGCAUAAUCGACCUGCAUCUGCUACCAAAUGGCAGUAAUGAUCUGCUACAAUAUGGUCGCCUGCUACUGGAUGGUGAAUUACAUAUAAAAGCGCAUGAAGAUCAGAAGACGAAGUUACGUUACGCAUUCGUUUUCGAUAAAAUAUUGAUUUUAGUGAAGCCGCUUCAUACUAAAAUGGGCGAUAUGCAGUAUACAUACCGUGACUCGCACUACCUCUCCGAUUAUCGGGUGGAACAAAGUCAUACGCGGCGAACCUUAGGGCGGGAUACACGCUUCAAGUGCCAAUUGCUGUUGGCGCGUAAGUCUGCCAAAACCGCUUUCACGCUUUAUUUGAAAUCGGAACCCGAGCGGGAUAAGUGGCGCAAAGCGCUCACUGAAGCAAUGGAAAACUUAGACCCACCUGGUUGUCGCAAUACUGAUCAUAAAAUGGAAAUUUAUACAUUUGAUGCACCUACAACAUGCAGGCAUUGUUCGAAAUUUUUAAAAGGGCGCAUACAUCAGGGUUACCGCUGCAAGGUUUGCGAAAUUGCCGUGCACAAAGGUUGCAUAUCGUCGACGGGUCGUUGCAAACAAAAUCCGCUUAGUAUUCCGCCACCAGUCUGCGAUCGGCAACUUUCAGAGUUUAAUUGGUUUGUGGGCACAAUGGAUCGUGAUACGGCUGCUUCCCGUCUUGAAAAUCGUCGUGUAGGUACUUAUUUGCUGCGCGUGCGCCCUCAAGGUGCAUCCAAUCCACACGAGACUAUGUAUGCGCUGAGUUUGAAAACCGAUGAUCAUGUUAUUAAACAUAUGAAAAUCAAUCAAGAGCCCGAUGGCGAUACAGUACUCUACUGCCUUUCAUCGAGACGUCAUUUUAAAACUAUUGUCGAACUAGUUUCGUACUAUGAACGCAACGAUUUGGGCGAAAAUUUUGCAGGUCUUAAUCAAUCGCUGCAGUGGCCCUUCCGCGAAGUAAUAGCUACUGCCAUUUAUGAUUUUGAGCCCAAAGGCAGCAAUCAAUUGCAGCUUAAGACUGGCUGUCAAGUGCUGGUCAUUGGCAAAGAUGGUGAUAGUAAAGGUUGGUGGCGUGGAAAAAUUGGUGAUACGGUCGGCUACUUUCCCAAAGAGUACGUUCAUGAGCAUCCGCCGAUUAGCGAUGAACUUUGAUAUUACAAUUAUGUAAUUUAUGUUGCGAACUCACUGGACCAACAUUCAAUUGCAUCGGAUAUUUCAAGUUUAGUGGAUGAUGAUCUGGAGAGUAAUGCCAGAGCUAGAGCGCUAGCGCCAACAGCUGAGCAAGAGUCGCUCUUCUCUGGCGAAGAUUCUUAAGUGAAUAAGAAAGAGGAGGGAAAAAUACGAAUUUGCGGCUGUAAAUGGAGCGCCUCAAAUAAAAAACGCAAAUACAAAUGAAUCAAUUGAAAUUGCGUGUGUAACAAACCCACUAAGAAUAGCAUAAUAACCUUAAUAAUUGUGCCAAUAGCUUUUUUAUACAAUUUUAAUUGCUUAUUUUAUAUGUAUUUAUGUACGUAAUAUUGUAUAUUGUAUUUAUGUAUGUAUUUAGAUAUGUUUUAACAAAUAUUUGUUAAACGUUUUAUCAAUUGCAUUAUUAUGUAGUUUUAGGAUGGUACCUAAGCAUGCUUUUAAUUUAGAUUUAAGUGUCAAAUGUGUGUGACUAUAUGUUCAACUAGUUUAUAUGACUUAGGUUUUUAUAUAAUUUUAACUAGUUUUAUAAAAAAUAUACAUAUGGACAUAUGUAAAUGUAUUUAAAAUAUGUAUGCAAAAAAGUUACAAGCGAAUGUUUAGAAGUAUAACAAAUUAUGCAUGUCAAAGGGCCAGUUAUUACUACAUAUAAGCCGUAUGCAACAAGAAAAUAAGCUUUAAAAUGUUACAUAACUUUAUAUAUAUGUAUGUAUAUGUAGGCAACGAUUUAUUAAAUAUGUAGUUAUAAAUAUAUACUACAUAUAACUUACAGUGUGCGCAGUGUAAAUGCGCACUAAGAAAAUUCGAAACUUAUGUGGAAUAUAUACAAAAUAGUACAUGGAUAAUAUUCCCAAAGGUAUUAAUGCAAAGCAACCGCAACAUUUAUUUUUUAACCAAUAUUGGUAUGGCAAUUUCCAAUUAUGCGCAACUAGGGCAGGUUUCCCCUGUUCAAAAAUGCAUCAAUGCAAAUUGAUGGAAAUUUCCAACUUGUGCAACCACGGUUAAAUCCCGAAUAGGAACUUAGUUGCGCUAUUGGAAAUCCAUCUUCAUACACUGUAGUUUGAUGCCUUAUACGUUUAGGAAUACGUCCGUAAACAUUUCAAAAAGCUUUUAAUAUUGAAAUUGUUAUGUAAAAGUGCACAACAUAUAAUACACUAUUUUAAUGGCUGUGCACUACCCUAUAUAACCGAAGAUCUAUUUACAAACAAAAUAAUUACAUAAGCAUAUACGCUAUGUAUAAAAUAUAUACAUACUUAUUCAGUGGAAAAGCA